AUGGCCCUUCCUCCCCCACAGCGGCCGCGUGUGGUGGGGGGGUCCAUCCCUCUGCGCACGCGCAUGGCUCUCUCGCAACUCCUAGACGCCUGCGGCCUUCCCCCCCACCUCUCCAACGCCCUCGCCUCUGCCACUGCUGGAUUUGCUCCUGCUGGUGCUGGUGCUUCUGGUGGUGGCGGCAUGGGUGGGGAGGGUCAGCAGCAGCAGCAAGAGGUGCUGUUGCUAGAGCAGCUGAUCAAGGCUCUCGAUCGCAAUCCAGACACAGACCUGUCGGGGAGCCAAGUCGUGAUAGGCAGCGGCGGUGGCGGGUACGGUAUCGACUCCCAAGGCCGUGUGUGGCUGCCUCAGGGUGACGAUCUGAGCGCAUGGGGGGACUGGCUAGCCGGGGUAGACACGAGCGUGGUGCUAAGGAGGCGGGCACGAGCGCGGGAACGGCGUGCAAAGGAGAGGGCGGCUGCGCGUGGGAUGGAGGUCGAGAUGGUGUUUACUGACGCGGGAACGGCGGGGUUGCUGGUGUAUGAGGGGUUUUUGGAGCAUGUGAUUGGGCAUGCGGAGGAGCAUGGUGCUGUGUGCGACGGCCGGCUUUUCGAGCUGCCCGUUCGCGUUCUCGGGCAGGCAGUGGGCCGGAUUGGUGGAGGGGGAGGAGGAGGGGGGGAGGGAGGAGGAGGAGAGGGAGGAGGAGGCGGAGAUUGGCUGGUGGAUGGAGGGCGGUUACCUACCUGGAGCGGAGACCGUGCCAGUGCUGCUCUCCGCCCUGGGGAUUUCACCAUCGACCGCCGCUUCGGCUAUGCAGCAGUGCCGGUCACAGCAACACCCACGCAGGUUUACACCUUCCUCUCCCAGGCAGGAGGAGACGCCAUGGCUAUCCGACGGCUAGCGAGAGACGAGGAGCAGAGGCUGGAGCGGCUGAGAACGGACGUGCGGCAGCGGCUGCGGCUGCGGCGGCUGGUGGUGGAUGAGGGGAGGAUCACGAGGGAUCAGGGAGCCUCGGGGCUGCUGCGGCUGCUCCGGUUUGCUCCGCAGCUGGUGCAGCUCACGGAAGGGCUUUCUCUGUGCGUGUCUGACGCCCACCGCCUGCCCAUGCCACAGGAAGUUUAUGAUGAGUGGGAUUUGUCACCGUUGGGGCUGGGUGGUGCCGGUAGUAGGGCUGGUAGGGGGAAUAGGGCGAGUGGGGGUGGUGGUGCCGGUGGUGGUGUUGCUGGUGCGGGUGCGGGUGGGUCUGCGGGUGUGAGGAGGGGUGGGAGCGGGGGGGAGCAGGAGUGGGAGAGUGGCAGCGUUCCGUUUGUGCACGUGAAAUGGAACUUCAGUGUUAGUGAGCUGUAA